UUCUGCUGCUCUCCGGCUCAGCAGGUGACGCCUCUGCGUCUCUUUCUAUCCACGAAGAAGAAACAGCGAUACUUCCGUUUUUGCCCAGCUACGUAACUUCCUUUCUAUCUGCGCCAAUCUCGACGUGAACACGCGUUCUACCGUUUAGCUCAAGAUGCGUUACGUUGCUGCUUACUUGCUUGCUGCCCUGGGAGGCAAUGAGAACCCUGAGUCCAAGGACAUCAAGAAGAUCCUGGACAGUGUUGGCAUUGAAGCCGACAACACGCGUCUGGACAAGGUAAUCACCGAGCUUAAGGGGAAGAAUGUGAACGAUGUGAUUGCCACAGGUUACAGCAAGCUGGCCAGCGUACCAGCAGGUGGUGCCGUAGCUGUUGCCAGCUCUGCAGCUGCUGGCUCAGGUGGAGCUGCAGCUCCUGCUGCUGCAGCUGAGGAGAAGAAAGAAGAGAAGAAAGAGGAGUCUGAGGAGUCUGAUGAUGACAUGGGAUUUGGCCUGUUCGACUAAACGUUUUCAAAAGGCUAAUAAAGUUUUUAAAAGACUCAAAAA